CGCUUUAAUUGUGUUUUAUUCCCUUUUCACUUUACCUCAUUUGGAGUUUUUGUCAUUCUAAGAAAAAUAAUUUCUGGCAACGUUAGUCAGCUUCACAUGAGAAUGGCCAGGAUGUUACAGCAGAUGGGCGGAGAGCUGAAGAUAUUUCCAUUUGAGUCGUGGAACUCACAAAGACAGAAUCCGUCCGGCAGAGCAACAUGUCACACACUGGAUAUUUUAUAUGGAUUUGCUUUUCUUUAUGGGGUCUAACUCUGGGUGAUGUGAAGAAUCUUCCUCAUGUACUAAAAUACCAAAAAGUGAUUCCAGUGAAACUGAUGGAUUCUCGUUUGGAUGAUGCUGCUACAUACAAGGAACACCCAGACGUGGUCCGAUACUCAGUGGCGAUUGCUGGGGAAAGCUACACUCUCCACCUGGAAAGGAACAAGGAUCUUGUUGGAAAUAACUUCACUGUGACUUAUUAUUCUGAUCAAGGCCACCAAGUGUCAUCUACUCCAGACUUAAAGGGUCACUGCUACUACCACGGACAUGUGGUGGGAGUGGAGGACUCUUCUGCCAGCAUCCAACUCUGCUCAGGAAUCAACGGGGUCGUGACCCUCCAAGACCAGAUGUACCUGAUUGAACCUCUUGCUGGUGAGGAGCAGGAGGAGCAGCAGGAUGACAGAGACAGCUCCGAAGCUCCAGCUGAUCUCCGCCUUCAUGCUGUUUACAACUACAAACACCUGAGGAGGAAGAGGAGCUCCUGUUCCCAUGGAAACACAACCACUUUCUAUGACCACGGAGCUCGUCCGUCUGGACUCUUCCAGCUCGGCAGUCUGAAAAGCAGAGCCCAGACCGGCGAUGUUAAAGCAAAACCCCGAACGGUGGAGCUGGUGGUGGUGGUGGACAACACCGAGUUUAAGAAGUUCGGCAGCAGGAAGACGGUGGAGGCCAGGGUGCUUGAAAUAACAAACCAUGUGGACAAGGUGUGUUUGUUUCUCUGCAGCGUGGCAGAUAAAAGCCUCCAGAGCUGAUGGCUUUUAGGCUUGAACUUUAUCAGACGUUUCUUUUGAUGUGAGAAAACAUUCAGGAAAAAAGUCCUGAUAUUUAGACCUUUUCUGACUGGAAUGUGAGCAGAAAGAAGGGAAGGGAAAGUUCUCUCACAGCUUUAACUGUGAGUCUUCACACUUAAAGUGAAACCAUUCACACUUAUCCCUCAAUCA